CACAAUUAUCGACGAGGUACAAAGCGUUGCCUGUUUUCUACCGUGUAAUUACAUUUUGAAUAUAAAAAUUCGUUCGAGCAUCAAAAAUAUCUUCGGAACAAAAAUUCUUUUUAAUUAUUUACACGAUAAUGCAACGGGAUUGGGUUUCGUAAAAAAAAAUUUGUAAAAAUGAUUACAGUCAAUAAGAUUCCGUAAAACAUAUGAAAAGAUAUUUACAAACGUUGAAUAUAUUAAAAAAAAAAAAAAAAAAUCGUGGUAAAUGUUUGUCACCGUGACGAUCAAUUAAAAAUCUCUCUUUUUAUAUGAAACAUCAGAAGCAAAAGGUAUUUCGUCGCUUGAAUUUCUCUGUCCACGAGAGAAAACAACGUGUGUUAGGUAACAACAGACGCGUCUCUCACGCAACAGGUUUGCUUUAUUCUCGGCUUACAAGCGAUUCUCUUUUACGUGCCCCGAGCGUUAUGGGGAAUAUGGGAAAGGGAUACCGUCACUUUGCUCGCGAGGGACCUUUCCACUUCAUUUCUGGAUCGAGAUGCUUGGACCGAGAAUAGAAAGCGUCAAUUAGUCGACUAUUUCAUUGAGGGUGAACUCCGAAUGACGCACAAUUUCUACGCUCUGCGUUAUUUCCUCUGCGAAGUUUUCAAUUUUCUCAAUACGAUAGGACAAUUAUAUCUCUUGGAUCUAUUCUUCGAGGGUGAAUUUAGACAUUACGGAGUUGCGGUUUUAACAUUUCCUAAGGAAAAACAAUAUCAUCAUAGGAUAGAUCCGAUGACUCGACUCUUUCCCAAGGUCACCAAGUGCACGAUGCAUACCUUUGGUUCGGCCGGCUCGAUGCAAAUUCAUGACGCUCUUUGCGUUCUCUCGUUGAACGUUAUGAACGAAAAGGUCUUCUUCUUUAUUUGGUUCUGGUUGAUAUUUCUAAUGAUCCUCGGCUUUCUUGCUCUUUUUUAUAGGAUCAUUGUUUUCUCUCAACCGAGGAUAAGAGUCUAUCUUUUGCGAGCUUCGAUGAGGACCCUUGCGCAUGCCAAAGCAAAUACCAUAGUUCGAGUGCUUACUUUUGGCGAUUGCUUUCUCCUCCAUCGACUAGCACAGAACGUGAGCCCGAUCAUAUACAGGGAGCUAAUCGAUGAGUUGGCAAUCAGCCUAUCGACGAAGCAUUUCAAAGAAUUAGUCUAAUUCUACGAAUUUAUCUAUUUAAUCGAUUUAAUAUACAAAUAUAUAUAUAUAUAUAUAUGCGUGGUAUGUGUGUGUGUGUAUACAUAUGUGCACGUUCGUGUGCGUGUGUGUGUGUAUGCGUGUAGAUAUAUAUAUAUAUAUAUCAUUCGAUCGAAAAGAAUCAUUUGAAUCGUUUGAAAUGAUAUUGAUUCACGAUGAUAAGAAAAUUUCAAUUUUUAGAUAACAUUUUCACAUAUCUCUUCAUAUCAAGAAUUAUUAUGUACGUGUAUACCGAUAGAUUAUUUUAUAACGUUUUAUCAAUUCCCCUAAUAUUAUUUCAAAUGGAUUUUUUUCGAUUUGAACGUUUAAAUUAAAAAGUUACGUUAGAAUUGAUUUAUCGUUCGUACGUACGUAUAAAACGUAUUAUAUACGAUUAUUGUAUUUUCUUAAAUGAUAAACAUAGAAAAAAAUUAUUAUUAAUGUGUCAUCGCACGAUGUCAAAUGAGAAAAGAUUUGGGAGGGUAUGGAAGGGGACAAAUCAUGUCACGUGUAUAUUUUUAAAUAAAACCCAAUAUCUCUUAUUAAACAUUCUUGUAACUGACAUAGAACUAAUUUCAAAAUGCUUCCUACAUAUUUAAUUUUGGAUAUAUCUAGGGAGUAGAUACAAUCUAAAAGGAUACAAAGCAAGACGGUAUAUAGAUCGGAUAACGCUGAUGUCAAGGGACACACAAAAUUUAAUAUUUAAUAACCCAACGACGGCUUAUGCCCAUAUAAGAUAAUAAAUUCUUCAGAUGGUAUUUUGAAAUCAAUGUUGAAAUGUCAGCUAUAAGAACAUGUAAAAUAAAGAAUGUUGGAUUAUAUUUAAGAAAAAAAAAAAGGAAAAAAAAAAAAGAAAAAAGAAAAAAAACCAUGAGCUCUUUUAUACAAGAGUUAAGUUCUCAAAGAUGCAAGUCAAAAUAAUUAUUUACGUGUCCUCCCUCUCGCCUCCCAUCCUCAACCCGUCACACGAUGCACAUCUAUUAUAUAUAUGCGAAUAUAUUCGUCACGUGUAUACGGGAAGAAUAAGAGCAUUGAGAAUUGAUUUGCAACACUUUGUUCGAGUAUCGGUCGCUAGGUGGCACUCCAAGUUCGAAAUAAUCGAUCGAAGAUAUCGAUUGAUUAUUAAUAUCGAUAACACGUGUUUAUUUAUCGUCUCUUAUCAAAUUGCAUUUAAUAAUAAUUGUAAUUCUGUUCAUUGACUAAAAGAAAAAAAAAGGGGAGAAAGAGAGAAAGAGAGAGAGAGAGAGAGA